CUUCCAAUCACCUGGCCUCCUUCUAUUAUGGAAAGUUAGGCGGCUUCGUCUUUUUGGGUUAACUAAUAGUUGUCCCCUAGCCUGCUCCUGCUAUAGAGAGGAACUGAUAACUAAUUAAGGAUUUUCCGUAAUGGAUGAGCUGAGGCCAACUCCCGCCAACUCUUCCCCUCUCACCCCACUCGGCUUCCUAGACCGAGCCGCCACCGUCUAUGGCGACUGCCCUUCUGUGAUCUAUAAUGACACCACCUACACAUGGAGCCAGACUCACCGUCGAUGCCUUCGCGUGGCUUGCUCCAUCUCAUCCCUCGGUAUCCGACGUGGCCACGUAGUCUCCGUCCUCUCUCCUAACAUCCCCGCAAUGUACGAGCUCCACUUCGCCGUCCCCAUGUCCGGUGCCGUCCUCAACACCAUCAACACCCGCCUCGAUACUCGCACCGUCUCCCUUCUCCUUCGCCACAGCCAAUCCAAACUACUCUUCGUCGACCACACCCUCAGCUCUCUCGUCCUCGACGCCGUCUCUCUCUUCCCUCCAAACACCCCGACCCCCCUCCUCAUCCUCAUCGCCGACGAUGCACCCCCAGCCUCACCCCUUCGCAGCUCAUCCCGGUUCUAUGCUACAUACGACGAAAUGGUACAGCGUGGCAAUCCUGAGUUCUCGUGGGCCCUACCGGAGAAUGAAUGGGACCCCAUGACGCUGAACUACACUUCCGGCACUACUUCUUCACCGAAGGGAGUAGUCCACUGUCACAGAGGGCUCUUUGUCGCCGCCGUCAACUCUCUCGUCGACUGGGCCGUACCCAAACAGCCAGUCUACCUGUGGACGCUUCCGAUGUUCCACGGCAACGGCUGGAGCUACCCGUACGGGAUCGCCGCCGUAGGUGGAACCAACGUCUGCCUCCGCAAGUUCGACGCGCAGGUCAUCUAUGCCCUGAUCAAACGACACGCCGUCACUCACAUGUGUGGUGCGCCGGUUGUUCUCAACAUGCUGACGAGUAUGCCAAUCUACAAGCCUUUGGAGAACCCGGUCCAUAUCCUGGUCGGCGGAGCUCCGCCACCGGCUUCAGUUCUGUUUCAGACUGAAUCACUGGGAUUCGUGGUGACACAUGCGUACGGUUUGACGGAAACUGCAGGAACAGCGGUUAUAUGCGCGUGGAAACCGAAGUGGAAUAGGUUACCAGCAACGGAGACGGCGAGGCUGAAGUCAAGGCAGGGAGUUAGGGCAGUGGCCAUGACCAGGGUCGACGUGGUCGAUCCGAAUACGGGUGCGCCGGUGAAACGCGAUGGUCUGUCGCCUGGGGAAGUGGUAUUGAGAGGCGGGUGUUUGAUGUUAGGUUAUCUCAAAGACCCAAAAGGCACAUCCAAGUGCAUGAAACACGGUUGGUUUUACACCGGCGACGUUGCAGUGAUGCACCCGGAUGGGUAUAUGGAGAUCAAGGAUCGAUCCAAGGACGUGAUCAUAAGCGGAGGAGAGAACGUGAGCAGCGUGGAGGUCGAGUCCGUGCUUUACGCCCACGCUGCUGUUAGUGAGGCGGCUGUGGUGGCCAGACCUGACGAGUUUUGGGGGGAGACCCCGUGUGCGUUUGUGAGCCUGAAAGCUGAGAUAGAACGGAGACCGACGGAGAAUGAAAUUAUAGAGUAUUGCAGAGGGAAGUUGCCGCAUUACAUGGUGCCCAAGACGGUGGUGUUCAAAGAUGAGCUUCCGAAAACGUCGACGGGGAAGAUUCAGAAGUUCCUGCUGAGAGAGAUGGCUAAGGCCCUGGUGUUCACAAGGCAGAGCCGGAUGUAGUUUAACGUGACAGUGAAACUGAAACACAUGCAUGCAUGACAUUCCAUGUCGAUAUUUGCAUUAUCAAAUGUAUGCAAAAGAUUUGGGAUUAUUUAGCGAAUCAGUUUUCAGUGGUUUCAGAUAUGUUGCAAAGCGGUAAUUUUCAUGUAUUACACUUACUCAUCAUCCCCCAUAUAUAUGUAAAAAAAAAAUUUCAGUGAUGACCAAUCAUGUAUAUAUCCGUGAUCUGCUUAUUUUGC